UUGACGAUUGAAUGAAAUAAAUCAAACGAAAAGAACAGAAAUAAAUUAUUAAACAAAGAUGUGAAUAAGACUAAGAGCACCUUUUUUUUCCUCCGCUCCAAUGCGAUGCGUUCGGAAGCGGACGAGGAAUGAAGAAUGAACGCACGAGAUGACGUUUCGAUGGAGUGCACUGAAGUGGGUGACGAUGACAGCAAUGAAAACAGCGCACUUUCUUCCUUCAAUUUGCGCACUUGGGCUCUGAUUUUUUGCCAUUGCCCGAACUGGGUGCUACCUGAAAUCUCUCUGCAACCACAAAGCCUUCAACUUUUUAGGUAAACCCCUCAUCAGUUCCUUACCUUUUUACUUGUCUGAAACUGUUCUGUGUUUGAUUAAUGAGUUAUCUGUUCUAAACAAAUCAUGGGUUUUUUUUUUCAAUUGUCCAUAAUAUUGUCUGCUUCGGAAGUUCUGAGGUGCAUUGGCUGAAAAAAGUUAGUAAAUCCUGAUGGUCUUGCUUUUUCCUUACCUCACAAAUCACAAAUUGUGGUAUCCACCCCAAGGUAGAAACAUGCACGAGUUUGAGGAAUGGGAAUUGUGUUUGUGUUUAUAGGAUGGUGGAAGUGGAAUUAUGUUCAUGGGAAUCAAGGAAAAUGUGGAUUCUAGCUAGCUAAAGGAAGGAACUUUCAUUUCGUGGUAAAGAUUUUUCAGUAUUUGAUCAGUCUACCCUGUUAUGCUUUCCCAUGAAGAAUUACCAGGAUUACUGUGGAACAUAAACUUCAUUAACUUGCGCCUCAGCGUUGACAUCAUCGUUACCCAGUUCAUUGGUUCGGACAAUAUCAACUUUACUUGAUAUUUGAAAUCUUAGUUCGAGUUUUAGUCCGAUUUAACAUGUUAAGUGAUGCAACCCAUUUGAGAUUCACCCUUGAAGUAUGCAAUAACCAUGACCAGAAAACUUUGUUUCAAAUCCAUCAAAUUUUCUGAUUGUCUUGGUGUAUUGAGUCUAAAACUAGAGCUUACACUAAUAGGAAAGCUUUGUUUUCAGCAUGUCUAUCUUCUGCCUCGUAAUUAGUAUUGCUCAGCUUCUUAACCAUUCUGCUAUUCUGUGAAUGUUCUUGAAUGUUCUUGAUUUGUGUAGACAUCCCUUAUCUAAGGAGUCUUAGAUUCCCUCACCUUUUGAGAACUUGGUAUCAUGAUAUCACCAACCUGGUUGAGUAUAUUUUCCAAAAAUGAGCCGGUAAAACUAGAGCAGUGGAAGUUUGACAACCUAAUCUUUUGAGAGAUGAGACUUCAUAACGGAGUUAGAUUUGGGAAGGCUUAGGUGGAGUAAUUGUGAUGUAAAGUAGGUGAAGUAUUAGUUAAAACUUAGUUAAAUAAGAGUGGGUUCAAAGUGGAAACCAUUACAAAGUUAGAAAAUUUCAAGUUCCAAAUCAUCGUUAGCUGUUAGGCCUGUUAUGGAACCUAGCAAGCAUUAGGGUCUUAGAACUUGUUCUUUGAACUUUUCCAGAUACAAGUCACUGAAAUGCGUGGUGUAUGUGUGGAACAUGUUGUUUAUGAGUGAAGACCUUUCUCCGAAGCCACAUUAUAUUGAAGGAUUGUUACUUAGAAGUUGAUGAUAUACCAUAUACAUCAGAUCCUUUUCCUGGAAAUAAUUCUUAUAUUCUGUAUCUAAUACUGCUAGCAAUAGCCACACAAUGAGAACAAAAAUAUAACAGUAAGAACUUUAAUAACAAUAAUAAUAGCAAUACAAAUAACAAUAGAGAGUAAUAGUAGUACUACUACUAACAUUAAAUCAACUUCUCAAUCAAUCGAGUAGAAAUUAGAGUUACCCUAUUUGUUUUCUUGAGAAUAUUUAUCCAAUUAACCAGGGCCUUUUCUCUCCAUGUACCUGCGCCACACUGCUAUGUCUUGGAUUCAUUGAUGCCAACCAAGAGGUAUAAUUGUAUCGGUUGUAAUGUUUCGUUGGAAAUUAACCUGUCUUGCCUGAAUUAUUUGAGGGAAUAUUAUUCUUCAUGAUUGUGUUUUGUGUAGUCAUGUUAUGGGGUCUUGCAAAGAUGGCGUGCCUCGUACAUAUUCUAGAAUUGGACAUCACUUACUUAAACAAUUGUGAGAUAUGUACCAUCUUGAUUCUUGAUAUAUCCACCAUACGCUAAUUAAACAUGUGCUUGCUAGACCCUUUGUAUAUCUAUGUGUAGCUUGCUACAUUCUAAGAUGUAUAAUGAACCUAAGCACAUGUUUAAUUAGCUUGCUAGACCCUAAUGCUUGCUUCUUGAUAUAUCCUAAGCUUGCAUGAUCAACUAAGCAUACCCUAUAAUGAGAAGUUAUAUUGUCGGAAAGUUCAACAGAACAUUGGCUUGUUGACUCUCCAGACAUGUUCCAUCUAGAAGUUAUACACAUAUUUGGUUUUGAUCAUUUGACUGGUUUCAUUCUUUAUUAGUCUUAGACUCUUAAUACUCAAGUGAUAUUGAGAGCUUGCCGCUCUGUUUUUCUAAUAAUUUGAGAUGGUUGAAUUCAAUGCAGUUGGACACUCUUGUCAGUCAUAAUGGCUCUCCAUCGUAGUAGAUUCCCAUCUCAAUGAGGUUCUGUCGUACAUUGUUAACGCACUUGCAUUAAAUACUAGACCGAGAGAAAAAAACCCCGACACAAUGGAACAAUAUAUAGCCCUCCUUUUCAUCUGGAAGAAAGGAGUCAAUUUUUUAGGUGUAGUGUUUUUCUCCGAUUACAAAACCGAGCGCAAGUGGUGUUCUAGGAUUCAUAUAGGCAACCCCAUUAGUGGGAUAAGGCUUUGUGUUGUUGAUUUGUUCGUGUAGAAUCUGAAUCCAUGUAAAAAAAGGACAUGGACGCCAGUUGCAAUGUGUAUGAAGACGCUUUGCGAACGUGCUCGUAUAUUAAUGUAACUGUUCUUUGAUUUUGGGGAGUGGGUGUUCUCCUGCCUUUCACUAUAACUCUUUGAAAAGUUGAGGUGCAAGCAAAGUAUACAAGUUGUCAUUUAUAUACAAAGAUGAAGCCCAUAACCAUGGACUUGUGUGUUUCAGAAAGAAAUUGAUCGGUGACAUAUUGCUCACGUCAUUUUCAGUAAGCAAUUGUGAUUUUGACGUAACAUUACCAACAAUUAUUUAUGGUUUUCUUUUGGUGCGAUUUUGACAGGUUCCUUUUGUUUCACUUUUCUUGAUUCCUGAGGCCAUAUUCUUCUCAUCUUCUAUCUCCAUGCUUUUGUAUUGUGAGAUCUCCAAUAAUGGGGUCCCUUGAAGAAUAAUAAUUGCUGAGAGGCACCUUUGUUUAUGUGACUUUAUGAUUCACUGGACCUUCACCUCCUGACCGAAAAAUACCAGGGGCCAUUCGGCAUCAUCCUAGAAUCUCCUUUACCUGUUAUGGAAUAUAUUAAAGCGACGAAAAGAGCUUCAAGUACAGCAGCUGGUUAAAGAGAAAGGCAGAGCAAGUGAAUGUUAAGCACUGGGAUGGCAAGUCUUUGGAGAUGAAUGAUGAUUUUGAUUCCAGUGAUCAAACUCUUGACCACAACCCAAGAAAUCCCGAGAUCAAUCCGAUACCGAUUGACUUUUACGAUUUGUUGUUGGCCACUGUGAUUUGUGGCCUCCUUUUCUCUUUUCUUCUUUUACUCUUUUGUGAUCAAAAUUUUCUUUAUAUUCAGUUGGUUUUGGAUAUGGAUUACAGAAUUAAAGCUAACAAUCCCCUUGGAAUAUAUUUCUUUUUGAGACUUUUGUGCAGAGUGAGAACCCUGUUGAGUGCCCUUUAUGUCAUUUCCAUUUGUUUAGAGAGAGAGAGAGAGAGAGAGAGAGAGAGAGAGAGGAGUUGGUUGCUUCAUACCAUGACAAUACUAAUUCAGCGUUUAUCUCUCGCACCCGAGUUUGAAUUCUCCACUGCCCUACAUUAAAGUAAUUUGACAUAUCGUCAUGAGAAAAACAAGUGCAAUUAUGAUUCAUGUUUUUUCUUGGAACAUUGAUUUUUGGACGUAAUCGUCGUAUUUGAGGCAAUUAUAUUCUGAUUCCCCGUCUCUGAUACAUCCAAGGCAGGAACCAUUGAUUGAUGUAACCUCAUGUGGCAUUUAGUCCUAUAUAUUAACCCUUGUAGUUGGCACCCUGGAUUCCCCUCCCCUAGAUUUGGAUAAUUUUAUACAAAAAACUACUAAAUUAUCAUAUCUCGAUCAAUUUAGCAAGAUAUUAUCUCCUUCUUAACCACCUUGAACGGAAAGCUAUACACAGAGUUCUGAUGAUUACGCAUACAUGUCUCUUAUUUCAAUAAAAUUGGUGUGAAUUGAUUCACUUUAUGUGGGAAUACUUCUUUAGGAGAAGAAAUACUUUAGGGUUUGGGGUCCCAAAAUCCAACGUUAGAUUCUUUGAUUCCUCCAUCCUUACAAGGAACAAAAGGAGUCUGCCAAUCACACACCACCUCCUUCCUCACAAAAAGAAAUACCCAAAAAAUAAAAAACUAAAAGAAAUGGGAAAUAAAUAUUAAAAAAGAAAAGAAAUCCCCAUUUCCCUUUCAAUCACCAAAAGAAAAGAAAAAAUAUCUCAAUUAUUAUUAUUUAUUAUUAUUUAGCUGCACUGCAUUGCUUCUCACACCAUUAUUCAUCAUGGUGGGGUUCCUUAUUCAUCAGGGAAUCAUGCACAGAGAGAGAAUCUAGAGAGAGAAACUAGAGAGAGAGAGAGAGAGAAACAAACCCUACACUUUACCUCCUUUCUCUCCUUUUUAAGACUCACAAAUUGAACUCUCUGUGUUUUUGCUGCAUCAGAGAUUCUCUCUACCUCUUUCAAGUCAAAGAAGCAAGAAAAAUAUAUAAUUUUAUAAAAUUAUUUUUCUAAAAAAGUUGGUAUGAAAUGAGAGGGAGGAAAGGAGGAACUACAGCUCAUGGCAUAAAUUCUCUGCCUCCAACAUAACCCCACUUAUGUUUCCAGAUAUGGAGUGAGAAUAUAGGACACCCCCACAACUACUCCCCACCCAAAUUAUAAAGACCAACCUCCGUCCCUCAUAGCUUGGAUCAUACAAAGCAGUCCACCACUAUAUAUUUAUGUUCCUGCAGUCUGCUGUCUCGAUCUCUCAUCCACCACCACCACAAAAAUGGUUCUACAGAAUAUGCAAAAUCAGAACAUGAAUUUGGUUUUGUCCACCGACGCGAAGCCGCGGCUAAAGUGGACUCCAGAGCUUCAUCAGCGAUUCGUCGAGGCUGUCAAUCAGCUCGGAGGGGCAGACAAGGCCACACCAAAGAGUUUGAUGAGGAUGAUGGGAAUUCAUGGACUCACUUUGUACCACCUAAAGAGCCACUUGCAGAAAUACAGGCUAGGGAAAAGCCAACAGUCCGAAAACCGCGAGGACAUCAGGCAAGAAGAUUACAAGGAGCUUCAGAGCAGUGAUGGUCAUUUCGGCGCUGAUAUCAGCGAUGAAGAUCACAGUCAGAUUAAUGAAAGCUUGCACAUAGCUCGGUCUCUCCAGUUGCAAAUGGAAGUGCAGAGGCAGCUUCAUGAACAAAUUGAGGUACAGAGACAUCUUCAGCUGAGAAUUGAAGCUCAAGGGAAGUAUUUACAAUCGGUGUUGAAGAAAGCACAAGAAACUCUUUCAGGGUAUACUUCCUCUUCAGUGGGAGUAGAACUUGCAAAGGCUGAACUCACUCAGCUAGUUUCAAUGGUUAACAAUGGAUGUCCGAGUUCUUCGUUCUCAGAGUUAACGGAAACAGGAACUCCAACCCUAAAAGACAUGGAGCGGAAGCAAAUGAGAGGCUCCAUGGAGAGUUCCUUGACAUCUUCCGAAAGUUCAGGAAGGGAGGACGAGAAGCUCCCUGAAAAUUCUAAUGCAACCUGUGUUGAACUACCAUUAAUGGACAUUCACCCGGACAAUAAGGCGUGGAAUAAUGUUGCAAAUAAUCAUGUUUUUGGGAGGAAGAGAAGCAGCAGUCCGAUUUCUGAUGGUGUAUCUGUGGAGCAACCAGUUGCUAAAAGGACACAAACACAAAGAGAUAAAGGUGGAAACAGUCUGAGAAAGUCUGGAUUGUUGGCUACAAUUGAUCUGAAUAGCAAAUAUCAGAGUGACAACAUUGAUUCGGGACCGAAAGCAAUAGACUUGAACUGCAAGGGAAUCUGAUUCUUCAAAUGCCUUGGAGCCAUCUGGUUUAGUGAUCUAUAGUUUAUGGAGCAAACUCAAUUCCCUCCAGUCCUAAUCUUUUGUUUAUAUACAUGUAUGUACACUGUUAUAUAUGUAUGGCACUUUUGAAAGUAUAUUCAUGUCAAAAGAAGGUAUUAUAUAUUGUGGGGAUA